AGGACAUGAGCAUGUCUAUUGAAACCCAAAGAAACGUGCCAAAGACGGGGCUAAAUCGAAGUCUUACACUGGCCCGCCAGAAUUGAGAUUGUUUUCGAAAUCAUACGACAAUUCCAUAAUGGGACCCUUACUGGAAAUCGCCUGUUUCAAUGAAGAGUCGGCAGUCAAUGCUGCUGGCGGGGGUGCUGAUCGGAUUGAGCUAGGCCAAGAUUACCAGUCCGGUGGCCUCUCACCUCAGCCUGCGGUCCUACAAGCGGUGAAGUCUCGGGUGUCAAUCCCGGUGUAUGUCAUGAUUCGACCACAUUCCAAGGACUUUUGCUAUGAUCAUGAUGAUUUCGAAGAUAUGAAAGCUACUCUCCAGCUCUUGAACAGCCUCGGGGCGGAUGGAUUUGUUUUUGGAAUUCUCCACCAGCCACCAGAUCACAGGACGGCCGACCGGCACUCCUGGAUCGAUAUCGCCAGGAAUCGGGAGCUCGUAAAACUAGCAGAUGGAAAACCUUGUACCUUUCAUCGUGCAUUCGAUCGUAUUCCGGAAUCCGACUGGGAUUCUGCCCUAGAGGACAUCAUCGAAUGUGGCUUCGCUGCAAUUCUCACCAGUGGCGGUCCUUCCAGCGUGGACGCCGUUGACUGCAUGGAUGGGUUAGCUGAUCUGGUGAAUCGCCUCAGCCUGGACACUCAGGCGGGCCGCCGAGCGCUGGACGUGAUCGUUGGCGGAGGUGUGAGACCGAGUAACAUUGGCACGUUGAGGGUCAAAACCCUGGCGACCAAUUUUCAUUCUAGUGGACUUUCUCCUUCGAGUGAGAUUGUUUCUCUAUCCCAAGUCCAAGAUCUACAACGUGCUCUUCGGUCUUGAACCGGGCGACCACUCUGCUAAGAACGCCGGCUCGCAAGCCCGAGGACUCGGCAAGGCGGUCGCCACGAACCCCCGACGCGGUCAUCCACAGGGUACUGCACAUGGUGUACACGUGGGCAUCGGAUCGUGUAAGACAUCAAUGCAGAACACGCUCAUUGUCGCUUGCCGUUUCCAACUUGGUCCGGACUAUGGUGACUCGAGUCCUAGAGUACUUAGGCCUCCUUCCUCUUGACUAUCAAAUAGAACACGAGAAUCAUGAGACAUACAACCGGUGGCGUCGUUGGACUGCGCAUCCCGCUUCGAGCUCAGCCUUACAUGCUACUUUUCAAGAUCCAAUAUCCGAUCCCUAUUGCAUUCGAGCGGUCGUUCCUAACCAUCUACCAACGUGCGAGGGGAAAAAUUGGUGAAACCGAACUACCACUACGAUAAGUGGGACUCCUUGUAUGUAGGCUGGAACCGAUA